AUGGCUCCCAUCCCAGGCUCUGACAAUGCCCUCCUUUCUCGAGAAGAAAGGGAUAGCGAAGCCGACGCAGAGACAGGACUGAUAGUCGUCGGCUUGAUCUACGUAUCACUGGUGGCUGUGCUCGCCCUCGCGGUGGGCUGUCUCUGUUUCAUCCGUUUCAUCAAGUGUGUGAGGUCCAAGCUUAAGGCUAGGCGUCGGGAUGGCCGGGAGAAGUAUGAGGGCUCUCCCCUUAAAGUGAUCGAGGGGAAGGAGCCUGCGAGACCGAAGCCAGCUCAUGUGGCUGGUCAUGGGAAGAAGCAGGCGGAGGUUGACCUAACCCCGGACUACAUGAGGAAGUCGACGGCACUCACGGGUUCCCGUUAG